UGGGAAUAUAUCUAUCCAUGUUUUUUGAUAAUGCCAGCGUUUGACUCCAGAAGUCUUUGGCCUGUCUUUCAAAUUCAUCAAUAUACCCAACGCACAUCGACAUGCAGCCCGAAAUAAACAAUGCUAGCAUGUCUCAAAGUAAACAAUGCUAACGUCUUCUCCCUCUGUCUCUGUCUCUCUCUCUCAGGCACGGAAGAGAGCCGGGGCUUCGUGGAGCUGCGUUUCGUGCUGGAGCCUCUGGACACGGUGACGGUGCGGGGCGGCGUCCUGCAGCUGGACUGCGAGGCGCACUCGGAGAGCGGCGCGCCGGCCAUCGCCUGGAAGAAGGACGGCGUGCUGCUGAGCGCCAUGGUGGACGAGCGGCGGCAGCAGCUGGCCAACGGCUCGCUCCUGGUGCACAACGUGGUGCACUCGCGCCACCACCGGCCCGACGAGGGCCUCUACCAGUGCCUCGCCAACCUGGAGGGCGCGGGCGCCAUCGUCAGUCGCACCGCCAAAGUCACCGUUGCCGGCCCCUUGAGGGUGGUGGUGCCCACUGAGUCGGUGUCUGCCCACCUGGGGGACACGGCGCUGUUGCGGUGCGAGGUGACGGGCGAGCCCAUGCCCGUGGUACGCUGGCAGAAGAACCGCGAGGACCUACCCUCGGGGACAGGCGCCGCCGGCGGCAGCGGCGGGGGAGGGGACGCCCGCGUGGUGGUGCUGCCCUCGGGCUCGCUGCAGGUCAGCCAGGUGCAGCCGCCCGACUCCGCCACCUACCGAUGCCUGGCGGAGAACCCCAGCAGCGCCCGCACGGGCACGGACGGAGACCUGCGUGUGCUGCCAGAGCCAGGAGUGGUGCGGAGCCUGGAGUUCCUGCAGAGGCCGGUGAAGGUGACGGCGCUGCAGGGGAGAGACGCCGUGCUAGAGUGCUCCGCCACAGGCUACCCCAAUCCCUCCUUCUACUGGAUGAAGGGCGAAGAGAUGAUCCAGAGCCAAUCUAAGAAGUACUCCCUGCUGGGCGGCAGCAACCUGCUGAUUAACAGCGUGAGCGACGACGACGCCGCCACCUACAGCUGCGUGGCGCACAACGCCAACGAGAACAUCACGGCGUCCUGCGAGCUGACCGUGCUCGUGCCUCCGCAGUUCCUGAACUAUCCGGCGAACAUGUACGCCUACGAGAGCACAGACAUCGAGAUGGAAUGCGCCGUGACAGGAAACCCUCAUCCCAAGGUGCACUGGGUGAAGAAUGGAGAGGUUGUCAUCCCUAGUGACUACUUCCAGAUCGUGGAGGGCAGUAACCUCCAAAUCCUGGGGCUGGUGAGGUCAGAUGAGGGCUACUACCAGUGUGUGGCGGAGAACGACGCGGGCAACGCUCAGGCCACCGCCCAGCUCAUCCUGCAGGAACCCGUUGUCCCGAGCUCAGGCGCCCUCCCCUCCGCUCCCCGUGACGUGGUCCCUGUCCUUGUGUCCAGUCGUUCUGUGCGCCUCAGCUGGCGCCCCCCAAUGGAGGCCCGCGGAAACGUCCACACCUAUGGUGUCUACUAUUCACAGGAGGGGAUCAACAGGGAGAGGUCUAUCAACGUGACGGAGCCCGAGACGCUGCUGCUGACGGUGGCCAGCCUGAAGCCGGAGCAGACCUACACCUUCCGGGUGGUGGCCUACAACGAGCUCGGCCCGGGGGAGAGCUCCGAGUCCAUCCGCCUGACCACCAAACAAGAGCUGCAGGUUCCUGGUCCAGUGCAGAACCUGCAAGCCCAGGCUACCUCUGCCACCUCCAUCGAGGCAUCCUGGGACCCCCCCGCCUACACCAAUGGACCCAUCCAGGGCUACAGGCUGCUGUGGACAGAGAACUCUUCUGGAAAGGAGCAGAGUAUUGAUGUGAUCGCUCAGAGCUACAAGAUGGAGGGGCUUAAGAAGUUCACAGAGUACUCUCUGCAGUUGCUGGCCCUCAACCGCUUCGGGCCAGGCGUGGCCUCAGACGACAUGGCCAUCACCACCCUUUCAGAUGUACCGAGUGCUGCCGCUCAGAACAUCUCCCUUGAAGUUGUGUACUCCAGGAGCAUCAAAGUCAGCUGGAUGCCGCCAGCAACCGGCACGCAGAACGGCUUCAUCACCGGCUACAAGAUCCGGCACAGGAAGACGGGCCGACGCGGGGACCAGGAGGCCAUCGAGCCCAACAACCUGUGGUACCUGUUCACAGGGCUGGACAAAGGUAGUCAGUAUAGCUUCCAAGUGGCGGCGAUGACUGCCAAUGGCACAGGCCCGUACAGCGAGUGGUACAUGGCCGAGACACCGGAGAACGACCUUGACGAGACCCAGGUUCCCAAUCAGCCCAGCUCGCUGCACGUGCGACCCCUACCCAACAGCAUCAUCAUGAGCUGGACGCCCCCCCUCAACCCCAACAUCCUGGUCCGGGGCUACAUCAUCGGCUACGGCGUGGGCAGCCCGUACGCAGAAACUGUCCGCGUGGAUAGCAAGCAGCGCUACUUCUCCAUCGAAAAUCUGGAGCCCAGCUCCCACUAUGUUAUCUCCCUGAAGGCCUUCAACAACGCCGGUGAAGGGGUGCCGCUGUACGAGAGCGCCACGACCAGGUCCAUGUCGGAUACCUCCACCCCCAUGAUCCCCCCCGUAGGUGUCCAGGCGGUGGCUCUCACCUCAGACUCGGUGCGGGUCAGCUGGGCAGACAACUCUAUGUCCAAGAACCAGAAGGCCACCGAGGUCCGGUACUACUCCGUCAAAUGGAAGACUAGCCACUCUACCAGUGGCAAGUUCAAGUCUGCAGACACCACAGCCCUGAGUCACACGGUCACCGGCCUCAGGCCCAACACCAUGUACGAGUUCUCCGUCAGGGUCACCAAAGGUCACAAGUCAAGCACGUGGAGUAUGACGGCACACGCCACCACCUAUGAAGCAGCGCCCAGCUCCGCGCCCAAGGACCUGACGGUGAUCAGCCGGGAGGGGAGGCCGCGGGCCGUGCUCAUCAGCUGGCAGCCUCCCAUGGAGGCCAACGGCAGGAUCAUCGGCUACCUGCUGUAUUACACGCUGGACAAGAACAUGCCCAUUGACGAGUGGGUGAUGGAGGCCAUCCCUGGGGACCGGCUCACCCACCAGGUGAUGGACCUCAAUCUGGACACCACCUACUACUUCCGCAUCCAGGCCAAGAACGCCAAGGGUGUGGGGCCCCUGUCUGACCCCGUCCACUUCAGGACGUCCAAAGUCGAACACCCAGACAAAAUGGCCAACGACCAAGGUCGCCAUGGAGACAGCAGCUACUGGCCCUCCGACAACAACCUGAUCGACAGGAGCAGCCUAAACGAACCUCCCAUUGGUCAGAUGAGGCCCCCCCACGGCUCGGUGACCCCCCAGAAAAACAGCAACCUGCUGGUGAUCAUCGUGGUUUCCGUGGGAGCCGUCACCAUCGUGGUGGUCGUCAUCGUGGCUCUUAUCUGCACGCGUCGCUCUUCGGCUCAACAGAGAAAGAAGCGGGCCACCCACAGUGCAGGCAAGAGGAAAGGCAGCCAGAAGGACCUGCGGCCGCCGGACCUGUGGAUCCACCACGAGGAGAUGGAGCUGAAGAACAUCGAGAAGCCCUCCAGCUCGGCGCCGUCGGGCCGCGAGUCGCCCAUUCAGAGCGUCCAGGAGAUAGCCCCCGUCAGCCACAGCCAAUCAGAGAGCCAGAUGGGCAGCAAGAGCAGCCACUCAGCGGAUGGAGAUGAUGUGUCCAGCAGCAUGUCCACCCUAGAGCGCUCCCUGGCUGCCAGGAGGGCAACGCGCACCAAGAUGAUGAUUCCCAUGGAUUCACAGCCCAGCAACACACCGGUGGUGAGCGCCAUCCCCGUGCCCACGCUUGAGAGCAGCCAGUACCCGGGCAUCCUACCCUCGCCCACCUGUGGCUACACCCACUCCAAGUUCACCCUCAGACCCAUGCCUUUCUCCACCCUCACCGUGGACAGGGGCUACGCCGCAACCAUAUCCACAGAGGGCCCCACGCCCAUAGCAGGGCAGCAGCAGACGAUGAUCCCGUCGGCGGCCGGGUCUGUGGCGGGGUCGGAGCACGGCUCAGCGGAGGAGGCGCCGAGCCGCACCAUCCCCACCGCCUGCGUGCGGCCCACGCAUCCGCUCCGCAGCUUCACCAACCCCCUCCUGCCCCCACCCAUGGGCAACAUCGACCCCAAGGUCUACACGCCCAUGAUGCCACACUCAAGCGUCACUCUCCCGAAGGCCCAGGUUAAGACAGCCUCCCUGGGCCAAGCAGGCAAAGCCAGAUCACCUCUCCUGCCCGUGUCCGUGCCAACGGCCCCAGAGGUGGGCGAAGACGGCCAGAAGCCCCCCGAGGAUCCAGCAAGUGUUUACGAGCAGGACGACUUGAGCGAGCAGAUGGCCAGCCUGGAGGGCCUGAUGAAGCAGCUCAACGCCAUCACCGGCUCGGCGUUUUAACAGCAGGGCUGCGCCGUGACGUGACAUGACGGAUCGGCAUGCGUCCCGCAGUAGUACAAACACCUUUUUUGGGGGGGGGCAGCUGAGGGCGGAGGUGGCACUGGACUCCCACGGACUGUCACAGAAACGAAAAAACAAAACAAAAACAAAAAAACAGCCACCCCUGUCCACGGCUCCUCUGUGCCCACCCUCUUCUGCUCUCUCUCUUUCUCUCUCUUUCUCUCUCUCUUUCUCUCUCUUUCUCUCUCUCGCUCUCUUUCUCACUGCGCUGCCAUCCUUUAACAACAAUGAACAAGAAAACCUUGGAAAGAAAACUAGAGCAGGAUGACUAAAAAGGGAAUCCCUGGGCAAAGACUCUGUUGCAGAGGCGUUUCAAAACCAAGAAUCUCCAUCCUGUCUCUUGCCCCAACACUCACCACCCACCCACCAGACCCAAAACUUUGUCCUUUGAUUUGUAAACCAUGGUUAUCGUACGAUGUUUUCUGUUGUGGUUGUCGUUACGUGUGAUGUGUGUUGGUUUUGAUGGCACUGCCGUCAUGACUGAAACCUUAUCGACGGCUAGUCGCGACACCCGCCCCCCCCCCCCAACCCACGGCCCGCCCAUCAACAUGGCUUCCGUCAGACAUGAACAAUCCCUGGAUCAAUCCCAUAAUAACCGCCUCUUUCGUAACCAAGUGCUUGUGUGAGGUAUCUCUGCCUUUCCGGCCCUUA